ACAGCCUCAGCUGGAAAUUCACAUCUAAUUAUAAAUUUUAUAUAUAAAAAAAUGUAUUGCAGGUAAAAUACCGCAGUGCGAUGCACAUAGGCACGUGGCGACUAUAGUUUUAGGGCUACAAACUGGCCCGCUUAAUUUAAUUAGUCGAUUUGCUUACUCGGAACUCUUGUGUAUGAAACUGUGUUUGUUUCUAAGCUAAUUUUAGGAUCUAGAUCGAGCUGAAGGUAUUCAAUUAAGUAUUAAUAUUAGUAUUUUGAGAUUAGCGACUUUAUAGAUAAGUUAUGGCAGUGCAAAAUAAAGUAUUAUACGCGUUUCGAGGAUGGAUAGCAUUUGUUGCUUUUAUGGACUUGGGGACCGCCGGCCGGUCGUACAUCGAACGGCGGUCGUUCCUCAGUCACCACGGCGAAACUGAGCACUUGGAUGGAGAUUUCACAAUCUCCCGUAUGCUGGGCAUGUAUUCGGUGCUGAAGGCUCUGGCGCUCAUCCACUGUACGCUUUACAUACAUUACAGGCCUGUGGUAUCCAUGGGCUACUGGUCCCUCAUGCUGACCAUUGUGCUGUACUUCACUGAAGCCUUCUGCUACCACUCAACCAACCUCAACUUCUACGUAGUGUUCCCGUGCAUACUCAACAUAAUAACCCUCCUCGGCCUCAUAUACCUGCCCACGAAGCUGAAGCUCUGGGGCCAGAUCCCGGGCACCUCCGGCAUGGAGCGAGAGAUAGAAGACGAGAACACUCAGAUCCUCCGGCAGAUGGGCAACUUCAAGCGGCGGAGGCCGCAGGCCAAGAACAAGUAUGUCUGAUCGCGGGGACUGUAAUAGGUUGGAUCAACUAUACUCUGUAUCUUUAGGUAUUUUUUUUUUUAUUAUGAAUGGGGCUUACUCAUGGGCACAGACUAGCCGAGGCGUAGACGUGGCCUACGAUGGAGCGAGCUCGCACAGAAAGUGCCUGUUCACUCUUGAUUUGAAGGUUGCCGGGUUAUAAGAACACGGAAAUAUAGACGCCGGCAAAGAAUUCCAUUCCUUGGCAGUGCGCAUAAGGAAAGUAGAAGCAAAGCGCUUCGUGCGAAUUGGUGGAAUAUCUACCAAGUAAGGAUGGAAACCGGCCGUGCGUACUUAAAUAAAGUAAACAAAUAAUUUGUACAUUUUCGGGUAGUUAUAACAUUGGUUAACCGACCAAUUACAAAACUGCCUGGAUCAGUCACUGAACGACCUAUCUUUAACCUAGGUAUAUUAUUUUGAUCAUAGUCUAAUAAAACAGCAUGGUCUUCUCUUCCCAGGGUGAGACAAGCCUACAUCACAAUAAGAUGGCCGCUAUAUAUAGCGCUAUCGCAUAUUAUCAUAUAGCGCUGUCGCAUGAUGACGUAGGCUUGUGUCAGUCACGUGACCACGAAAAGACGGGAAGAGAGUACCAGGCGGAGUAUAUUAUUAUACCAUGAUUUUGAUCGUGUAAUAUUUUCAUCUACCCUCAACUGGCUUAACCAGCCAUUUGAGUAGAUUUUGUUUACCCUUUUUUAAAUACCUAAACAUAGACUAUAAAGAGUGAUAAAUAGGAGAGGUGUAAUGGCUAAGAAAAACUCGUGCCUCGAAUUUGCAGCUGAAGUCGAUGUCGCUGUCUAUUUAGCGGUAACUCGUGAAACUUUGACGUUUGAAUCCAGUGACAAUGUACCACAAAACAUGGCGCCGCAUAGCGUCAUCAUGGUAUAAUAAUAUACUCCGCCUGGUACUCUCUUCCCGUCUUUAUUUCGUGGUCACAUGACUGACACAAGCCUACGUCAUCAUGCGGCAGCGCUAUAUGAUAAUAUGCGAUAGCGCUAUACAUAUAUAGCGACCAUGUUAUUGUGACGUAGGCUUGUGUCACUCUGGGAAGAGAAGACCAUGUUUUAUUAAGCCGACCACUGACUAACAGUCCGCCGGACGAUAUCGGCCGGUCAGUUGUUCGGAACUGUCAAAUUUUUGUUCUAAGUGACAGGCCAAUAUCGUCCGGCGACCUGUUAGUCAGUGGUCGGCUUUAGACUAUGAGCGUCAUCUAGUUUGGUUCUCAAACGUACGGGCACGUUUAUUUCUAUACUUUACACCUAUUCCAAAAUUGAUAAGCUAUCGUAAGUACUGCAAAACGGAUCAUUUUGUCACUGAGUGGUUUUUCAAGCACUUAGAAAUAAUUAUAGAAGUCACCUACGAUGUUUUAGCAACAGCUACGAUGUUUUGCAAAUGUCUUGAUUUUUAUAUUUAAAAUCACUAUUAUAGUCCAAUAAGAGUGCCAAGUAACAUUCAAUCUUCCUACUGAGCAUAACAGGAGCAUUCCACGGGCUGUCCCGUACAAACGCAUUUUAUUUCCAGUGUUGCGACUUUUUUCUCGGCUUUUAAAGCAGGCGAUUAUUUUUCUGUGCAUAUUUUUGACCAUUUGUCAUAGAAAAGGAAACUCUUAAUAUACCUUUAAAUCUUCAGAAACUUCGCGUUUGUACGGGACAGCGGUAGACAAUUUCGUGGAAUGCUCCAAUAUAUAAUUAUACCUAUUCAUAUAAUAUAAAUAUAUAUAAAAUAAAAAUAAUAUACAUACAAUAAUAUAUAUAGACCGUGGAACAAUUAAUCCAUAAUGAAAAUGCGCUCUUAAAUAUAAUCUUAAAAAGGAUCUGCUGACAGAAGAAUUAUUUUUUUCAUCAUGAAAAUGAAUCAUCAAUCGUGAAAACCGCAUGAAAAUCCGUUCAGUAGUUUUUGAGUUUAUCGCAAACAAACACACAGACAGACGCGGCGGGGGUCUUUUUUUAAUAAGGUGUAGUGAAGAUAUUUAUCAGUCAAAUCAUUUGAGCGCAUUUUCAAUAUGCUGUAGGCAAUAAUCUACUCUCAAUAAUCAUAUCAGCCUUUUCUUAAUAAAGUUAUAUCCAAAAACUGUUUCCUAGCCACAUCUCUCAUUGGAACAUUACCUAUUUAAUUAUAUGUACCUUAAUUUAAAAUUACGGUGAAAAUUACACCUCUAAAGAGCUUGUUUAUUUGAAGUUUUACUUCUUAAUUAGACUUAACUACAUUAAAACUUACCAUAAGCUCCGUUUAAAAGUGUACAUGUACAAGUGUGUGUGUAUGACAAUGUAUGACCGGUACUUACAUUUUAUUUGACCAUACAUGAUGUAUAUACAUUAUUGCCAAAUGCAAGCUUGUAGCCACCAUCUGAGGCCCAAAUAUAAUGUUGUCAGGCUUUAUAUUAUAAGAUCUACAGGGUGGAAAGAUAAGUCGGGCCCUGGAGGGAAACUACCUUAAAUCCUUAAGCUGGCUCACUUUACUUAAAGGAAAUAUUCCUUUAAUUUUAAAAAGAAACGAAACUGCAUCUGCACCCUGUAUACUGGUUCAAAGAUGAAAUAUUUUGAAUCGCAUAAUGGUGCAGAAUACUUUAAUGCGGCGUUUGAUAAAUAUUUAUACAAAGAGGGAUACAAAGAUGUCUGGAGGUACAUAUCUAAAGGCGAUAAAAUAGUAGGCGAAAUUAACUGCUCUCUUGUAGAAAUGGCAAAAUGUAUGCUUUUAGAUAGCGCGUUGAAUAUUGAAUUUUGGGCCGAAGCUAUAGAUACCGCGUGUUACAUUAGAAACCGCUGCCCGUAACCCUUACAAGGUUAUAACAUAAAGCAACAAGAUUAUAUUGUACAAGAUUAUCAGGGUGUUACUGACCAUUGGGCUUUAAAUCCAGGGCUCGAUUCUACUCGCUAAACUGAGUUAUUUUUAUUAUGGCACCAACCCCGAAAUCCCGAUUUUUUUUUUUACGUUUUCAUACAUUUUGUCUGAUCAGAUGGACGUUUUCUAUAAAUUUUUCUCCGAUUUUAGGGUUGGUCCCAUAGUAAAAGUAGUUCAGUUCAGAGAGUAAAAUCAAGCCCUGGAAUUAAAGCCCCAUGGUCAGACACAUACUGUAUUUGGGCCUCAGAUAGUGUCGCCACAAGUAGCUUGCAUUUAGCAAUAAUGUGCGUACGUGUGGCGUCAUGCGUCAUGUGUGGUCAAAUAAAAUGUAAGUACCGACAUAAUUUAAAAGCUAUCCUUAUUUAAAAUGAGGAUGACAUUCCUGAACACCUCUAAACCUCUCCCUUUUGUGAGUGAGUGAGAUAGUAAAUAAAUUCCUGUUCUCUCUAUUCGCAUCGGUUAUCCAUUUUGCUUGUAGGCACACGAUUUUGAUCACACCGAUGCUUGUAGUAGAGGCUAUUUUACCUUGGCACGGAUAACAAAUCUUGUAACCCCCUUAUUUAUAAACGCGCUACAAACCUCAAUUAGCUAAUAAUCGUUUGUCCUUAUUUGUCAUUUUGACUUAUGUAUUUGUAAGAAAAGGAUAAAACAUAAUUUAUUCAUAAUAAGGGGUAAAUGCUUAAGAACAGUUCAGACUUUCGAUUAAUAGUUGAAUGUCAAUUGAAUAAAGUAGGUAGGUAAUCAAUAAAAGUUUCGUGGAGGGAUUUAAAUUGACAUUGACUGUAUAGGCCCCGUGCAUGAACAUAGCAGCAUAGGAGCUGUCAGGUUUUUGGCGCGAGACGUAAAUGUUAUGCUUCCGAUGUAGCCCACAAGAUGACAGAACCUACUAUGCACAAGGAAACAUACCGACGAGUACCGUAAAUGGUACUUGGUAGCACUUGCUUUGGCAAUGUACAUGUGCACAUAUGUUUCUGAUUCAGGCCACAAGAUGGUGGACCCUCCAACGCGCACGGUCCCUAUAAAAUCAGAAGACUCGUAACUCUAAUGGAGUUUAAACUUUGAAAAGCUUUAUUCAUGCAUUAGACGAUUUCUUAUCCUGGCCAUCGUUUAAUUUGUACUAAAGAUUAGUAAUAUAGCAUUUUUUGCAUUCCUAAUGUAAGUAGGUACCGUACCAUCGCCCACACUGUUAACUGUACAUCGGUGGACCUUAUACCUUUUGUUAUUAAGGUCCACCGAUGUACAGUUAGGAGUGUUGCUGUUUGUACAGGAGUAUGUGUGCAUUCAUUGCAUAUUCUAAACUGUACUGAACGGCUCAGAAGCGCUGGUGGCCCAGCGGUAAGAGCGUGUGACUUUCGAUCCGGAGGUCGCGGGUUCAAACCCCGGCUCGUACCAAUAAGUUUU